GGCCAUCGCACUCUCCGCCGGGGCAGGGCUGGAAUCUGGAUCUACGAACGCUGGGCUCCACGUCCGGACUAAGACAUGUUCCUGUACAUCUUGGCUCUCGUGGUUCUUUAUUAUGUUUACCGCUGGAUCUCAGAGAUGCCCCGGGUCCCGGACAAGGGCAACAAGUACGUGUACAUCACCGGCUGCGACACCGGCUUCGGGAACCUCCUGGCGCGUCACCUGGACCAGCUGGGCUUCAGGGUGAUCGCGGGAUGUUACUCUGAGAAAGGAGAGGAGGAUCUGAAGAAGUCGUGCUCUGAACGGCUGACCGCGACUCACCUGGAUGUGGCGUCCAAGGACAGUGUGGCCAAAGUGGCGGCGUUUAUCAAGGACAUCGUGGGAGCGCGUGGUUUGUGGGCCGUGGUGAACAACGCGGGUGUGGCCGUCCCCUCCGCCCCCUGUGAUUGGCUCACCAUAGACGACUACACCUCCAUGCUCAACGUGAACCUGAACGGGGUCAUCGCCGUGACCUUGAGCGUCUUACCGCUGAUAAAGAAGGCCAAAGGGAGAGUGGUGAACGUCGCCAGCGUGUUUGGGAGGGUCAGUCCGACGGGGGGCCCUUACACCGUGUCCAAAUAUGGAGUGGAAGCGUUUAACGACAGUCUCAGAAUCAAUAUGCAGAUGUUUGGUGUCAAAGUCCUCUGCAUUGAGCCGGGCUUCUUCAAAACAAACGUGACCAACUCGGAUCUCCAUUCAAAGACCGUGAUCGCGCUGUGGGAAAGGCUGCCCCAAGAGGUCAAAGACGACUAUGGACCAGAUUAUUUGAACAAUUCUCUGAAACUACUCAAAAAUGAGGUGGAAAAAAUGAGCGAUGGGGAUCUGAUGAAGGUGGUCAGCUGUAUGGAGCACGCCGUGUCCGCGGUCCGGCCCAGGACACGAUAUUCUGCUGGUUGGGAUGCAAAGUUUUUCUGGCUGCCGCUGUCCUACAUGCCAACGUGGCUCUUUGAUUAUAUUAUGAAGCCAAGGUUGUAAAGCUCAAACUGACUUUCUGGUUCUUUUCAGGCUGUAGUGUAACCGGUUAUAAUUACAUCACAAAACAAUUCUCUGCCAUUUCAUGUCUGU